GCACAUCAGCCGAGAGGGUUUUGAGACGGGGUAGACAGCGGAGUGAGCCAUUCUCUUAUCUAACUCGGAGGGUAAGAGGAUACGCACGAGUAUGGAUUUUAUCAGCGCUAUAGUAACUACAUAGCAGGUUUUUUUUUCUUGUGCGGGGCUGAGUGGUUGAGUUUUUUGGGGAUUAUCCAUUGCGCAUUCCUUCACUUGGCUCCACUCUCCACUGAAGAUGUCUGCGUACCGUUUCGCUUGGAUUUACGCAUUUUGGAUUGUAUUUCUUAUCUGUUUUGACGUGGCCAUGUCGUACUAUUCCGAGGACCAGUGCAGUUGGAGAGGAAGUGGGUUGUCCCAGCAGCAGGGCAGCGUGGAGCAGAUCUCCCUGCACUGCUCGGAGGGUACCCUGGACUGGUUGUACCCUACAGGGGCACUGCGCCUCACCCUGUCCCCCCGCCUGCCCUAUGUAGCAGUGGGACCUGGAGGCAGUAGCUCAGGUCUCAUCACAGCCUGUGUCAAGCCCUCAGAGCAGUUCCAUGGGGCUCAGCUGUACCUGGAACGGGAUGGGGUGCUGGAGCUACUGGUAGGGGACCGCCUGGGUACGUCUGCCCCACCGCGGGUCAGGUGUUUCAGCCGGCUGCCAGGGGAGAAGGUGGCACUGUUCCUCCAAGCUACACCUCACCAGGACAUCAGCAGAAAGAUCGCGUCUUUCAGAUAUGAGCUGAGAGGAGACUGGAGCGCACAGCUGUCAAUGGACUCCAACCAAGUGACCAGUGAAGAUGCCUGCAGACCUUGCAACAAUACCGAGAUCUUGAUGGCUGUAUGCACUAGUGACUUUGUGGUGCGUGGAAACAUCCGAUCAGUUGAAGACGACGAUACUUUAAGAGCCGCUGUGAUCAAAGUCAGCGCGACACGGGUUUUCCGGCAGAAGUACGCUCUCUUCACCAGCGGUAACAGUCGCCUCACCAGCCAGGGCGAAAUCCGGACUCUGUUACAGUGCGGUGUAAAACCAGGACCAGGCAGUUUCCUCUUCACGGGGAGGGUGCAUUUUGGAGAGGCCUGGCUGGGAUGUGCUCCUAGAUACAAGGACUUCCAGGAGGCCUACCUCAAGGCUAAAGCGGCUCAGCAGAUACCAUGUGAGCUACCUAUAGACUGAGAUACGCAAGGGGGAAAAUGCGUGUUCCAAAACAGAAACCGCCAGCGCUAACGGCAAGGCGUAAGCUAGCCCUGUCCCGCUAAGAGGAUGCAAUGUGGCUAGAAGGGUGGCUAGAAAGGCCCCAGAGCACUGAUUUCAGAAGGCAGAGCAGUGUUGGUCGGUAGCCAUUUUGGUGCAGUCAAAUAAGCUGCAUUUGUGGGUUGUUCUUGAAUUGAGAUAAAGAGGACACUACCAAUCUAAAGAAAUCUAGACAGUUUGGACAGUGCGUGCAAUCUUGAAGUCAGGUGUCCAGGAUUUCAAAGUGGCUUCAAAAGUCCACCAUGCCUCAUACAGAAAUAAGCCUACAUUUUGAGGCGAGCAUAACUGACUGGAAUUGGUUUCAGUCUUAUGUUAAAGGAGAUUAUAAAUGUCUUAAAAAGGAAGAAUUUGCACUGAUUGAAAAAAAAAAAAAGAAGUGAAUUAUCCAGAAUGCUGCAAGCACUAAAACCAAAUAAAAAGCAAAUAUAUGUAGCAUAGUGGAGACAUUUGAGUAUUUAUAUAUCCAAAAAGUGGACAUUUUCUGAGUAAUCCUAUUUUGCAAACAUGUAUAAUUCUACAGAUAAAUGAAUAUUAUCAAACGUUUUACCUUAUUAUACAUUUAGUAAUCAUCAUAUUUGAAAGAGAUUUGUGACUUGAGUUCAGUGUUACCAAAGUUGUUACUCUAUAUAUAAGAUAUAUUGAAAUUAAUUAAAAUGCUGUAUUAAGCCAAUUACACUGGACAGCGCAUAAUACGUGUAAUGCCUAUUCAUUUGUUGUGAUGUGUUAAGUGCACUAUGUCUGCAGGGGUUCAAACCAAAUGUCUUUUUCAAUGUCUUCAAAGCAUACACUGCCAUUGUGUUAUUAUUGUAUUAUAUAAAUGUAAUAUGAAUGUAUAUGUGUAAAUAAGAGUUUUAUAAUGAUUUAAAACUGUGAAAAGUCAGUAUUGUGUAAUAUUUCUAUGUUAUGUUUGUUCAAAUACAAAUUAUGAGAAACUAUAACUGU